GUACCCCAACUGCGCAAGCGCAGAGCGUGGGCGCACACAACACUGCUUGAUCAAAACAACAACACAACUGGACAGGGAGAAAGAGGAGGAUGCGGCGGCGGUGGCAAUGAGAGGUCUCGGAAAAUUAGACGUAGCUGAUUCUUACUGUUACAGUAGUAGCUGGUGCGGAGCUCAUGAACCUGGCCAGUCAGAGUAGCGAGGCCGGCUGCUGCCAGCUCCUCUUCGCCAACUUCAACCAGGACAACACGUCCUUGGCUGUUGGCGGCAAAUCUGGGUACAAGUUUUUCUCUUUGUCUUCAGUUGAUAAAUUAGAACAGAUUUAUGAAUGCACUGACACUGAAGAUGUGUGCAUUGUGGAAAGACUGUUUUCCAGCAGUCUCGUGGCCAUUGUUAGCCUUAAAGCUCCCAGGAAGCUGAAAGUUUGUCACUUCAAAAAAGGGACAGAGAUCUGUAAUUACAGUUACUCCAACACUAUUUUGGCCGUGAAGCUCAACAGACAGAGGUUAAUAGUAUGCCUGGAGGAAUCACUUUAUAUCCACAAUAUUAGAGAUAUGAAGGUGCUCCACACAAUUCGAGAGACUCCACCCAAUCCUUCAGGACUGUGUGCAUUGUCAAUUAGUAAUGACAACUGCUAUUUAGCAUACCCUGGGAGUGCAACAAUAGGAGAGAUCCAAGUUUUCGACACAAUAAAUCUGCGUGCUGCAAACAUGAUUCCAGCCCAUGAUAGCCCCUUAGCAGCUCUGGCAUUCGAUGCAAGUGGCACUAAACUUGCAACAGCCUCUGAGAAGGGGACUGUGAUUCGGGUAUUUAUCAUUCCAGAAGGACAGAAGAUCUUUGAGUUCAGGAGGGGAGUGAAGAGGUGUGUCAGCAUCUGUUCCCUUGCAUUCAGCAUGGAAGGGCUGUUCCUGUCUGCUUCCAGUAACACUGAGACAGUUCAUAUCUUUAAGCUGGAAACCCAAAAGGACAAGCCACAGGAGGACCCCGGUACAUGGACUGGGUACUUUGUAAAGGGGCUGAUGGCAUCUACAAGUUACUUACCAGCCCAAGUCACAGAGAUGUUCACCCAGGGCAGGGCCUUUGCCACAGCCAGACUGCCCUUUUCAGGCCACAGGAAUAUCUGUGCACUUGCCAUAAUCCAGAAGAUCCCUCGCCUUGUGGUGGCUGCAGCUGAUGGGUAUCUGUACAUGUAUAACCUGGAUCCCCAGGAGGGGGGUGAGUGUAGACUAAUGAAGCAGCACAAAUUGGAUGGCAGCGUGGAGACGCCCAAUGAAAUCGUGGAGCCGGCAAACCAUGACCGCCCACUGGUGGUAGCACAGAACUACAGCACCGGUGCAGCCAAAGGUUACUGUGAGGAUCAGGGAGCUGCUGGAGGUCCUGGCGUAGAGGAUGACCUGAGCUCUCUGCUUCUGGACGAGGACAAUGAGCAGCCUCCCAUGAUCCUGCAGACAGACUGAGGGAUACGCCGUUUAUUUCUGUGGAGAAGAAAUGGACAACUGUGUGACAUACUGAAAGGGGGGUUUGACUAUGAUGCUGCUGUGAGCUCAUAACGGACCAGAAGAGGGGACCUUUUAACAAGCCUACCUGUGACCUAAUCCUGUCGGCAUUUAUUAAUUAUAUGUACAUGUUUGUGUGUAUGUAUAUACAUUUACAGACACAUCCCAGUAGCUUUUAAAUCUUGUAAAAUGUUAUUAUAUCUGCUUCUGAAUAACAUAAUGGCAGUUAUUUGUUGCAGCUAGUCUUAGCUUUGCCUGCAUGUGUGCCAAGUACAGGAUUUCAAGAAAAGGCUUUAUUUGCACAACGGCAGUGUAUGGUGAGCCUUUAUUUUCCGUCACGUCAAGGCCUAAACAUGGUGUAUCUUUGACAGGAAGCAGACCCCAGGUAAAGGCCCAGUGUGUGUCCUGCUCUAUGGCAGGUCCAUAGGCCCGUAUUAUUUUAGGCGGGAGAAUAAAAUCUUGUGUAGAUGUCAGAGAGAAGUGGAGGAAAUGGUUGAGCUCUGAGAUGCAGGAAGAAUAGGCAUGACGCUGCUGAGCCUUGGAAGGGCUCACACAGCCCUCUUGGGCCCGCCAAAAUCCAGAUCAUUCUGUUCUUUUCCAUAGAGGUACGUCACUGAUUUGUCCUUCUUUUAUGUGACUUGUUUAUCUUGGAGGACUGGCUGCGGACUGCUCUGGAAAGAACAUCUCCCCGCUGUCUGUUUUAUUCCUUAGUUUUCUAAUGUGUCUGGCAUGCUAAUAUUACAGGUGCCAUUCCCAGGUGUGAAAUAACUUCUGCAAGAAUUGUGACUACACUAGAACAGCAGAGACGCAGGGGCGAUCCUGCUGUUUGGCAGAACUCAUUAUUCUAUUUUUUUAAUGUCCUUCUGCGAAGGGGAGCUGUGACUCAAGAACAGCAGGUCUGUGUUUUCUUUAAUGAGAGCUGAGGAAUGGGAGUGUUUCCUUCUUCAGUGUCCAAGCUUUUCUUUUACUGUUCUCAAAUUUAUCCUGUUCCCACCAUUUCCUUUCCCCUGAUGUGCUCUCCCUAGAACUCACUCUGAAUGUGUAUGUACACUUAAUUUAUAAUUAUGUAAUGAUUAAAUGUAGUGUAUGUUGGUGGUUCAAUAAAAACAGUUCCAGUAACUUUAUGGUAAACUGCCAUUCGUUUUCACAGCUCUGAGACAUUUGACAAUGUUAAUUAUUGUUCCUGGUAGGGCUUGUGAAGUCCCCAUGUUCCAUCCAUGUGCUAUAACUAUACAAGCUGUCUAUAACUGACCAGAGGGAAAGUAAUGGGCAUGUAUGUCCGCUUCUCUCCAAGGGAAAGUGUGACUGGUUUUUCCUCACACGUCCAUGUCUUUGUUUGCUUUAUAAAAGUCUAAAAGCUGUGAAAAGUGCUAAUGUGUUGUUUUGGUUUCCAAUAUUGUAACAUUUAUUUAACAUUAGAUAGCAUGGGGAUGUUCCUUUGUUGAUAAGUACAGCUGAGGUAAUUAGUGUCUUUGUGGGAAAAUUAUACUGUGAGUGGGACACAUCCCUGGGAAUUAAAUAAAUAUCAAUGAGUCUCAUCCAGAGGAGGCAGAGUUGUACCACAUCAUAUGUUAUUUUGAAUCGCUCCCUGCAUCAGCCAGAAGAGAAAUUUGAGUGUUCUUCUGUACCAAAAUCUUGAGGGUGAAAAUAAAAGUUUUGAAAUGGAAGAA